CCCUUUAAACAAAACAAGCUAUUGCUCAUGAAGUUCAUUGAAAAUUCUUAGAAAUAAUCGCUUCGAAAUCAUCGCUAUCUUCUGGGAUUGAAAUCCUUGUUUACGAAAUUGAUAUUUCUAGUUCGGCUGUCUUGAAUUACGGCGGUCAACGAAAUAAAACAUGCGUAGACAUAAACCUCUGCCACGUGAUCUGCUCAUAAUCAUAAUCAUUUGACAACAUAGUGACAUUGAUUGACAUCUGGUACAUGAUAAUUGAUUGGACUAUGGAUGUGAACCCCAUAGCAGAUGCCAACAAAGGUCUCUUGAAGACCCCUGGGUACUAUUGCGCAACUUGGCAAUUUGGCAAUUUUGUCGAGGAGGAAAAAAACAAACAAUGGCAUUUUAUGACCGGUUUAUCCACAGGUUCAUGGCCUUGUUCAACCCAAAAAAAGGUUUUAUUAUACUAUCUGCUAUUUCGRCGCUGACAAUGUUUGUACUGAUUAUCCUGCAGUCAGRAAUAAUGAAAAUGGACAACAGACACAACAGGAUUGAGGAAUCUUCCCUUUCUCCUAUAAAAAAGUCAGGAAUAAUGAAAAUGGACUACAGGAUUGAGGAAUCUUCCCUUUCUCCUAUAAAAAAGGAAUCAAAGUGGGAAAGGUGCAAAAAACUUAUUUCUGGUGAAGAAAACGUAAAUAAAACUUCAAUCACAAAGAACGACUUUAAAAUCCUCGAUGUCUACAAGYCCGAUGAAAAUUGCGACAACGUUUUACACACUCGUUUUGCUCAUCCUAAUGUGACGAAAGAAGAAACGAAAUUACCAAUCGCUUAUGGCUUCACAAUCUACAAAGGUGCCUCUCUGUUUGAGAGGAUUCUCCGGGCUAUCUACAUGCCACACAAUGUUCACUGCAUUCACAUCGACAAGAAAUCCCCAGAAGUCUUUUAUCGAGCCAUCCAGGCCAUGAUACGUUGUCUGCCUAAUGUAUUUAUUGCAGCCAAGAGAGUUGAUGUUGUAUGGGGACAUUUCUCAAUUGUUCAAGCUCAGUUWGAAUGCAUGAAAGAACUUUUAGAAUCAUCAGUGAAGUGGAAAUAUUACAUUAGUUUAAUUGGACAGGAUUUUCCGCUAUACGAGAACAAACAAAUCGUAGUAGCAUURAAAAUGCUCAACAACACAAAUAGCAUGGAGAGUWUCCCCAUGCCGAAACAUAACGAAGAACGAACUAAAAAAGUCCACAUUUUAAAUGGCGGUCUUGUUCAAAGGACCGGGACUGAAAAGUCCCCACCRCCACACAAUGUAUCUAUCUACAAAGGAUCUACACACAUCGUAGYCAUUAGAGACUUUGUCAGGUUUGUUCUCUACAGCAAGGUUGGGAAAGAUUUCACUGAAUUCCUAAAAGAUACCUAUGUUCCUGAUGAGACUAUUUACGCCUCCUUACAACAGCAUCCACAGGCCCCAGGAGGGAUCCGUGGGGAACAGCCAGAACAUAUMRCACGUGCUUUGYMSUGGWWUGAYSRAMRURYCRGGUGUUACGGAGAAUGGGUACGAACGUUGUGUUGGWUAUCURUGAAAGAUUUGCAGUGGGCUUUGGGCAAAGACAUGAAAAACAAACUUUUUGUCCACAAGAUUCCGUUUGACCAUAAUAAAGACAUACUAGAAUGUCUUCUUGUUGCAAGACAAGGAAGAGAAUACGGUUUUGUCGUUUGGAACGCAAGCGCAACGAUUUCGUAAGACAGCUGAAAUAAGUAAUUAAAAUAUGUUCCGAUAGACGAGAAAGCAAACCUGAUAAGGGAUUUUUAAGUAAGGGAAUGUCUAUUUUAAUUGGAAUUUAAAUAGUCUUAAUUUAAGGGAAGUUUAUUGGAACAGUAACAUGAUCAAUAGGAAAAUAGCAUAACAAUGCAUAACAUAGGAAAAAAUAGUUAGAUUAUAAACGAAUAUAAUUCGAGUAUGAGUUUACUAUUACUAGAUCUAAGAAUCACUGGCAUCAUGAGUGUUCUUCGGAUUUUUUAUAAUUCUUGACAACGAACACUAGUCUACCGAGACUCUAAAGAUUACUCCAAUCAUGAGUGAAAAGUCCCUUCACACCCACGAGUUACUUUAGUUACUUGAAACAUAAUCCUCUCCCCAUCCCCUCAGGGUCAAUUUUAGUCAUACAACACAAGCUGAACUGAAGUUUUGGAAAUUCAAACUUCCCGCCUCAUUAAUUACGAAAGCUCUGAUUGGUUCAUAACAAGUUGGUCAGCCAUUCUCUCUUUAGUUUUAGAAGACAAUUGGUGACUAUUAAAGGCGAUUUUAGAUUAACGUAAAAAGUAUAAGGAUAUUGAGCAUUUUGUUCUGUCAUGGUAUAGUUAUAUUUACUAGCCUAUGUUUUUUAUAUGUUUGUUUACACAUGUUUUUUGAGUAUCUCAUAUUUUUAUAGUUAUAUUUUACUAUUGUUCUCAGUUUUGAUAUAGUGUAGUCAUUACUGUAUUGUAUUGUAUUUUACUUUUUAGGUAUGAGGACCACUUAUUAGUGCAAAUUGUUAACUGACAAAAAGCUUAAGCAAAUUGUAAACAUGGCUUUGAAUGAGCUGACAACAAUUUGAAAUAUUGGUGAAUAUAACUGUUCAUUUUAACACUCACUAUAAGCAACUUAUGCAGUCGCAAAUUGAAAGACUCAGAAAAAAUUCUGAAAGAAACGCUUCGAAAAGAAUCAAAAACAUCAAAGAAAUGCAGGAAACAAAUUCAUGGCCAUCAAAUAUGACUUUCUUUAACAUUUCCAAAUAAAAAGCAUGUGAGUAAGA